AUUCAUCAAAAAAAUGUCUCAACAAUUUAGACAACAAUCUGCUACUGAGAAUAGAUCUUCCAACCUCAAGAACAAUCCAACAAGAUCAGAUCAACAAUCCACUCACAAAAUUCCAAACUCAAUCCUCAGUGAUGCCUACAAUAACACCAGUUAUUCCAAUGUCCAAAACGAUGUCAUGAGUUUUGCUCACAGUUCUUCCAACAUUAUGUACAGCUCCAACAAUCCAUCUCAUUCUCAAAUGGAGAGAAAUCUUGCCACUGAUAACUACACUCAAGCAUCAGUAAAUCAGAAAGGAGGUUCCAUUGGAAAUGCUCUUGGAAAGAUGCAUCAUGAACAAUCUAGUUCUGCCACCACCAAUGUUAUGAGAGAAAUGAGAAAUUCUGGUGAAGGUUAUAAUGCUGUGGUUGCUGGUCUUGAUAAGAGAACUUUUAAUAAUCCAUCUGAGAAGCAACAAAUUGAUAUUGCAAGAAGAAACUUGAAUAAGUAAUGAGAUGUAAUCAUUUCUCUAUUGAGUGAAAUAAAGUGUCAAGUUUAUUAAU